AAAAUGGAAAAUGAUCAACCAAAACCUUUAGAUGAAAAUUCAAGAAAAAGAUCAUUAAGUGAUGUUGGUAUCAAUAUAAAUACAAAUAAAGAGACCCCGAAAAGAGCAUUUCGAAUUUAUUGGGCAAAUGAUAAUCACAUGUAUUGGACUUUAUUAUUGGAUUCAACAAACACAGUUGGUGAUGUAAGUGAGGGUCUAAAAGAUAAAGUGCCUUCGAGUGGAGUUCAAUGCUAUUUAUAUAAAAGAACCAAAGCAAAUUUUGGACGUUGGAAAGAUAGAAGACUUUCAAACGAGGAUUAUGUUUGGGAUAUUGUAGACCGUAGAAGAAAAAAUCAUAAAUCAGAUCCAAUUUUUGUAUUAAAGAGAAAAAAAUCAACAUUUUCAAUUUCACAGAAAAAAUCACCCCAAAUAGAAUCAGAUACAUCACCACUUUCAAGUUCAGGCGAAAUUUUAAAUCCUAAUAAUAAUACAUAUGGCCAUCAUCGUAGUACAAGUGGUGGUAAUCCUUAUAUAUCACAACCACCUUCAAUCCCACCUCCACCACCACCACCUCGUGAUUAUUUGAAUAACAUUAAUAAUAAUAAUAAUAAUAAUAAUAGCAAUAAUAAUAUCAACAAUAAUAACAAUAAUAAUAAUAAUACCAAUAAUACCUUAAAUAGUAAUAAUCUUUUAAAUAAUAAUAGUUUUAUUUCUCCAAUGUCAUCAUCAUUAGUUUCGUUAUCAUUAUCAUCUUCAUCAUCAUCACAUUCACCAUUAUCAUCAUCUAUUCCAUCCACACCAAAUAAUAUAACACCAAUUAAUACAUCACCAGUUAUUCCCCAAAGAAAUAGUAGAUCAUUGAAAAGUACUAUGGAAAUGGAGCCACCUCCAACUCAUUUAGCUACCACUACUACAACAACCACUACAACCACUACAAUAACCACAGAUUCAUCGCCAAAUAAAUCAGGUAGACCAUUAUCUGGUUCAUUUGUUCCAGGUUCAAUAGCAAAUGGCUCUAGAUCAAGUAAUCCAGAUUUAAUAGGGUUUAAACCAGUUUCAAAUAGUCACCCAGUGGAACAACAGUCUGAACAACAAAAAUCACCAUCAGCAGAAACAGCUACACAAAAUCAACACCCAUCGCAACAACCAAUCCAAGUUUCACCCUUAUUACCUUCACUCCAACAACCUCAAUCAACUCAGCAACAUCCACAACAAUAUGCACAACAACACCAACAACAACAACAACAACAAUAUUCACAACAACCACAAAUUUAUCACCCAGCCACACAGCAACAACCACCUCAACCACCAACUACUAAUAAGCCUUUAAGUGGUAGUACAGGAAUGAGCAGAUCUUCAAGUCCAAGUCCGUUUGCCAAAAAGAAUAAUGGCAGUCUCUUAGAAAGAAAAAAUAGACUUUCAGUCCAGCCCAAAGAUAUCAUGCGUUUAAUGAGAUUUUACUUUGGAGAUUCAUUAGAUGGCACAUUUUUUACAAUUGCAGUCCAAAACGAUACCAACGCAAAAGACGUUUGUUUGUCGGUAGAGCAAAAAUUACUUUUACCAAGCCACACAACAUUUGUAUCAUUAGUUUUACCAUUCCAACCAAAUGGAUCAAAAAUUGAAAGGGUUUUAGGUGAUGAAGAAAUUAUUAUUGAAGUUAAAGAUACUUGGGAGGAUCCAUCUCAAACAUUUUUUCAAGUUACUCAUAAACAACAGGCAAUUAGCAACAAAAGACUUUCUAGACAAAUCCCACAAAUUGAACCCAAUGUUAUUCCCAGUGAAUGGAGAAGAAGUACUGAUGCAGUCACUCUUAGAGCAUCCAGCGAUGAUAUGUGGAAAAGAAAAUCGAUACCUAUUUUCUUACAAGUUACAGGUCCACCCAAUAGCUCAGGAGGUCAUUCACCACAAAGACAUCUACCAAACUCACCACAUAACAUGAGCAGUUCACCACAUAAUAAUCCACCACCAUUCCACUCACAUCAACACCCAUUAGAUCACCAACAUCAAUUAGUAGACGACGAAAGCAGUGACGACGAAUCAGAUUUUGAUGUUUCUACCCUUCGUGGUUGGGUUCAUUGGAUUCCAAGUGCAGAUUUAGAAUAUAUAAAGAGAAUUGGUUCAGGUACAUACUCUAAAGUUUAUAAAGGAAAAUAUAGGGAAAAAUUUGUAGCAAUUAAAACUAUGCGUGGUUCAAACAUGACUACCGAACAAAUUGAAUCAUUUAAAAAAGAGUGCGAUAUUCUUAGUACUAUUCAAUCACCAUUCCUCAUUUCUUUCUAUGGUAGUUGUAUCGAAGAAAAUCAAUUAAGCAUGGUUGUAGAGUAUUGCAGCAAAGGUACACUCCACAAAGUUUUAAAUAACAAUUUAUUGGACUUUGAUUGGGAUAAAUGGUUCAAAUGGAUGAUCGAAGUCGUAGAGGGUGUCAAGUAUCUUCAUAACAUGAAUCCACCAAUGGUUCAUCGUGACUUAAAGACAUUAAAUAUUUUAAUUUCAUCAGAUUGGUCCGCUAAACUUUGUGAUUUUGGUCUCACUCGUACAAUGACAAUGACAAAUGUUAGUACUCUUGGUAUGCUUCGUGGCACAAUGGCUUACACUGCCCCAGAAAUUUAUGAUGGUCUCUUAUUUAAUACUAAAUCAGAUGUCUAUUCUUUGGCUGUUAUUAUGUGGGAAGCUGUUCAACGUUGUAUUACUGGCACCUAUUUAAGACCAUUCCACGAACACCCAAUCUCUAUGGAUAUUCAAAUUAUUAUUCUAACCUCCAAGAAUAAAGUUAGACCCAAGAUUAAUGAAUUUUGCCCAGAAGAAUUAAAGACUCUUAUUACCAGGUGUUGGGAUGAAAAUCCAGAUAAAAGACCAAAUUGCGAAGAAAUUUUAGAUACCUUAUUAAGAUUUAAAGCAGCUCAUGAAGAAAAUAGGGAUACUUGGGAAUCAAUAAGAACCAAGACAUCAAAACAAACAAUUAAAGCAAUUAGCAGUGGUAAUAUUCAAUCAUCAUCAUCAUCAUCAUCAUUAUCAUCAACAACAACUUCUUCAUCAAAUUGUAACAAUAAUCUUAACAAUAAUAUUAAUAAUAAUACUAACAUUAGUAAUACUAAUGGUAGUAAUAUCAUCAAUAAUACCAAUAAUAAUAUUAAUAAUAAUAAUAAUAAUUUUAGUAACAAUAUUAACAAUAAUAUUAAUAGCAAUAAUAAUCAAUUAUUAGAUAGUCCAAUUUUAUCUCCACUAAAUAAUAAUAAUGUUCAAACUAUUAGCAGUGUAAAAUCAGAUAGCGCUAUUAGUAGUAUAGUAAAUGUACCAGCCGUACUUGGUAGAGAGAGAAAAAAUUCAAUUACAAUUGCUGAAACAAUAGUUAAAACAAUACAAGCUCCUGAUGGUUCCGCUCUUGUAACUGAAGUUUUUGAUUUUGAAGUCCCUCAAUCGCCACCCUUAGAACCUGUUUCAAAUAAUAUUAUUAUAAAGCCAUUAGAUAUUAUAGAAACAAAUAUAGAUAAAUCUUUUAUAGAAAUUAAUAGUAAUUUAAAUAGUUUAAAAAUUCAAGAUAAUAAUGUCAAUAAUAAUUUAGGGUCCGAAAAUAAAUUUAUUGAUGGUGAAAAUAAUAACAAUAAUAAUAGUAAUAAUAAUAAUAAUCAAAUCAUUAGUGAAAACACCAAUGAAGAUAUUAAAUCAAAUAAUUGUAUUAAUAAUUGUAUCAAUACAGAACCAAAUGAUAAUAAUAAUUCAAAUUGUAUAAAAUCGAUAGAUCCAAUCAUUUUAAAAUGUGAGGAUGAUUAA